AUGGCAAAUAAUCAGAACUUAUUUUUCUAUGCUCCAACCUGGGAUUAUCCACCUGACGGUCCCAUCAAACUGGGCAAUGUGAUUACAUCUGUCAAAAAGCCUGAGCGGCCACUUCACUGUGUCCCGCCUACAGACUCUGAUGUCUUCUCAACGAAAAAAACGAACGUCAAGCACACCAGAGAUGAAGCGCAGAACGAAAAUUUCUCUAUUUUAGUCAAGUUCUUUAACAUCUUGGGCCUUGACGUUCAAGUGAGUGUAGGUCGACAGACUAGUGAUCAGAGAAUAUUCUCUUUCAAAGUUAUUGAAACGAAGCAAUUCGUCCCAACGCUGCCAUAUGUUCAAGCAUGCGUUGAGAACGACAACGUACGCCGCUUCCUUGAAAUGUCCCGUUAUCGUAAGCCAGUCUUCAUCAUCACCGGCUUGAAAAUAGUCUUUGGCGAUGAGGCCAGCAUGAUGACGUCUCAUUUUGUCCGGAACUCUCCCGUCGUCCAAAUUGAUAGCACAAUACCACAAAUUGGCCCUAUCAAACUCAGUGGAUCUAACACUGAGAGCGGAACCGCAGCCAAGACCGUUACUGAGUGGGAGAGCAGUGAUAACUUUUUGUUUGCAUUCCGGGUCAGUAAAGUUCUCGUGGGCAAGGCAACGGGUCAGGUCAUUAGCGAAGAAGAUUACCGAAGAGGAGCUAUGUUUGGCGACAAUGCAGAGCUGCGAGAAAUUCAAGGCCCACCGCUGUCUAUUCUUAAGGUCGAACAUCCGGAUGCGGAAGGUGAAGGAUACUACACAGAAGAGUUGACGGAGGGAGAUGAUGUUGUGACUUGUGCUCUUCAGAGGCACGAUAAUUCUGGAGCUUAG